AUGUUUAUCAUCAUUAAUACACCUAUUCAAGAUUUUCAACAAAUAAUUAAACUUCAUUUUGGUCAAUUAAUUAAACUAGAAUUAAAACAACAAAUAUCAUCAAUAAAUAAUCAUUAUCAAAGAGGAUCAUUAUUAUCGAGAAUAAAUGGUGAUUCAGUCUCAUUAUCAUCAGAUGUUGGUAGUACUGGUAUAGGAGAAAGAUCAUCAAGUGAAAGAAUAUUAUCAAAUGGUCUAUUACCAUCAGGUACAAAUCGUCAAGAUUAUUUUGUAACAAAUGAUCUUGAAUCAGUUGUGGAAAAUCUUCGUGCACUUGAAUCAAUAUUUGCUUAUUCAUUAUCAACUAUUCAUCCAAAUGUACAAAGAAAUUUAGAAGAAAUUCUUCAAAUGAAUCAAUAA